AUGGGGUGGAUAGGCGCAGAUGGCAAUAAAGCAGCGAUAGUCGUAAAUACUAAAAAAAUAAGUAAUGUGUCUACUUUAUUCAACGAAAACAACAUAGUAGCAAUCAGCGCGGAUGGUAAUACCUUCAUUUCAGUAUAUUUCCCUCCGACCGAGAAGCGUGUAGAUUUCGAAGAUCGUCUUAAAAUUAUUGAAAAAAUACUACGGGAGUCUAAAGGUACUCCGGUAAUAUUAGGCGGUGACGUUAACGCCCGCAGUAAGCUAUGGGGUGACGUUAAAACCAAUUUAAGGGGAAGAAUCAUGGAAAAAUGGAUACAGUCGCAUAACCUCCUUGUGAUGAACACAGGCUCUACCCCUACCUGUGUUCGUCCACGAGGAAGCUCGAUAGUUGACAUUACCUUAGCCAACAUGUUAGCUUUGCAACAGAUAUCCGCGUGGAAAGUCUCGGACGAUGAAUCGAUGUCCGACCAUCUGUACAUUCAGUUCCGUUACACUCUCCCAACUCAAGCCAUAGCGAAACCGUAUGCAUUCCCGCGAUGGAAUAAUAAAACUUUUAACCCUGAGCUGUGCGACGCAGCAAUUAAUACGCUCAGCUGGUGCUAUUCCACUGACAACGCACUUUCUAUCUCCACUAUAAACUCAUCCCUGCUGCAAGCUACUAAAGCCUCUCUCAAAAAAAAGAUUCGUACUUAUAAACUUCCGGCGCAGCCUUGGUGGUCUGCAGGUAUUAACGACCUGCGCAAUGCCUGCACCAAAACUCGCAGACGCUGGCAGCGCCUAAAACGGAAAAAUAACAUCUCAGAGGAAGCCACUUCUCGAGCCGAACUUGAAUAUAGAUCCUGUAAACGGAAGCUAAAAACCGCAAUUAGGAAAGCUAAGGAAGGUCAGUGGAAACAGACCUUAGCCAUAUUAGACGACGACCCAUGGGGUCGCCCAUAUAAGUGGACCACAAGAAAAGACCCGAAUAGUAAUCAGUCGAUAACAGAGUCUCUCGAUCCCACGAUUCUUGAGACAGUUCUCGACGGUCUCUUUCCCCAUAUGACCUCGUCGAUCCCAGUAAAUUCCAUGACCUCCUGGGAUCCUAAUCUAUCAAUUCAACCAGAAGAGAUCAAAAAUGCAAUCAAAAGAAUGCUAAGAAAAGCUACAGCUCCCGGCCCAUCCGGCAUACCCCAUUUUGUCACAGCUCGUCCCGUUGAAAACAACAAGCAACAAAAUAGUGAAAAGAAAGGUUACCGCAGGAGUACCGCAGGGCUCUGUGCUUGCUGCGUCCCUGGAUAUGACAGUGUCUUGCGCACCCAAAUCCCUCCUAGUGCAGAGGUUAUAGGGUGCGCUGAUGAUACGUUGAUUCUGAUAGCAGAUAAAAAUCUUAAAAGGUGCCGAGCAAUAGCAUCCCUGGCAACUCAGGCGAUACUCAACCAAAUUAGGCACAUAGGUCUACAAGUCGCCGCUAGUAAAACUGCGGCUGUAUGUUACAGCACGAUACAAAAUACAUUUAAGCAUAACAACAAUUAUAUCAUGAUCGACAACACAAAAGUACCCUUCGCUGCCAAUUUUAAAUAA